AUGUGCAGCAAUCAGAGUCCCGUACCAUCGCCGAACAUGGCACCAACGACUCCAGUGCUGCUUAUUCAGUUUCGGGAACUUCAACUGUACAAUUAUGCCGUAGUUGAAAGAUUGCGGUUUUCCAAUUUCGGACAUUAUAAUAAUCAGCUCCCGUUUUGCCCGGGUUAUCCCUAUAAUCCUCGUUUGGCAUUGCAAAUGUCGUUAUUUCACAAUCGAGUCUUUCAACCGGAAGAACCGAAACCUCAACACAGCUACAUCGGUUUAAUCGCAAUGGCCAUACUUUCUUCUCCCGAGGGAAAGCUGGUCCUUUCCGAUAUAUAUCAAUACAUAUUGGAUAAUUAUCCUUAUUUUAGAUCCAGGGGUCCCGGAUGGCGAAAUUCAAUAAGGCACAAUUUAUCGUUAAACGAUUGUUUUGUUAAAGCGGGUAGAAGUGCCAACGGGAAAGGUCAUUAUUGGGCGAUUCACCCGGCAAACGUGGAAGACUUCAAAAAGGGUGAUUUUAGAAGGCGAAAAGCACAAAGAAAGGUGAGAAAACAUAUGGGUUUAGCCGUCGACGAAGAACCAGACGAUAGUCCGAGUCCUCCACCCGUACCGAUAACACCUCCGCCUCCGAGAGUGCCGAUACCUGGACUUUGCUCGUGGCCGACGGUCGGUUCCAGUUUAGGUUUAACUACGUCUAGCCUAUUUCCACCCAUACAGAAUUUAACACGUAAAAGACAAUUCGAUGUUGCUUCUCUUCUCGCGCCCGACGAAGAAGAAGAAGAAGUCAACGUGAAGCAUCCACGAAAGUACGAAGACGGUUAUUUGUCAAGCGACGGUGACGAAAUAGAAGGCGACGACGAUAUAGACGUAGUUAAUGAAGAUUUAGCAGCCGUGGCGAAUUCGAAAGAAGUGUCUCAAAGCUGUUCGAAAUUGAAUCGCACCGGAAGGAAUAGAAUAAAAAAUGAUUUACCUGAUUCACCUAACCAAAGAUUAUUCGUUAAAGACUUAUCGAUAAUAGAAAAUCGUCAAACAUCAACUCCAUCCCCCGCAUUAUCAACGUCUUUUAACAAAGAAGAAGAAACUUCUCCGCUCAGGGUAUCACCUAUCGAAUCGAAUUUUUCUAACGAAACCCAAAGGCGUUCUCCUCAGUUACCAUUUUGGAUUCGUCAAACGGGAAUAAUACAUCCGAUGGCUAUGCUACCGACAGGAAGCCUAUCAUUUAUGGAACAACAACAACAUAUAGUAAAUAAAAUUUACGAGCAAAGAUUAAUUGCGGCGCAACAGCAUCAUCAGCAAAAAUUAUUGCAACAACAAAAUUCAUUAUCGGGAGAAUUGUCUCCAAUCAAUUUGAAAAACGAAGAAACAUAG